UCUUCAAGGCCAGAAAGCAUGUUGAGGAAGAAGACGAAGUCGAUUUUGUCUUCUCGGUGAUCGUCGAACCGCUCAUCUGCUACAUAGGCUUGCCCGGGCACAUCUUCAGCUUACAUUUCAUCGCCUACCUUAAUUUGUCACGUUUUACGUUUCCUCCUGGUAUUAGCAUAUAUGGCUAACAGCGCGGGAACCCUCAUAUCUCCUCCUCCCAAGGAGAGUAGGACUAAGGACUACGGCAGGAAGGAUGACUCCGAAAACAAGGAUGACAACAGAAAGGAUGAAGCCUCGACCAGUAAAACGGACAACGCAAAAGAUGAUGCAAAAGGAGCCAAGGGCGUUGACAAGGACGAAGGCAAAGAUGGCAAAAAGGACAGCACCAAGGACGAAGGCAAGGGUAGCAAAAAGGACAGUACCAAGGACGAGGGCAAGAGCAGCAAAAAGGACAGCACCAAGGACGAGGGCAAGAGCAGCAAAAAGGACAGCACCAAGGACGAAGGCAAGGGUAGCAAAAAGGACAGCACCAAGGACGAAGGCAAAGGUAGCAAAAAGGACAGCACCAAAGACGAAGGCAAAGGUAGCAAAAAGGACAGCACCAAAGACGAAGGCAAGGGUAGCAAAAAGGAUAGCGGCAAGGAGGAAACAAAGGACAGAAAAAAGGACAGUGCCAAAGAUGAAGCUGAUGAUAGAGAGAUAGAUAAUGACGAACCUGAAAGCAAAGAUAAGUCCUCCGGUAACAAAGACAGAGGCAAGAUUAAGCAGGAGAGUGUUAAAGACAUCAGGAAAGAUAUAAAGAAAGACAAAAGCAAGAGAGAGGCUACAAAAAUCAGCGUAGCCCCUACAGCGAAACGUCCUCCCGCACCGGCUGGCCGUGGUCCGCAGUCCUCAUUCAUGUCGAGGGACAGUGAGAUGGAAGAACCAUACGGAGAAACAGGAGACAGCUACACUUCGCUUGCAGGCAUGUCAGCGCCGUGGCACACACACUGUUGUUUUCCUUAUCCGGCUCUCCCACAAUACCCAGGAUAUGCAGUCUACCGCACGCCUUACAACAUGUACCCCUACAUGCCGCAGUUCGUGCCGGUGCCAAGUGGUGGAGGCGGCAAUACUACAAUUCCCCUUCCCAUUCCUAUUCCACUCCCAAUGCCAUUUUCGAUACCGACCCCUCCACCACCCUAUUACCCACCACCGCCACCACCACCACCACCACCACCACCACCACCACCAUCACCGCCGCCGCCGCCGCCUCCGUCACAAUCCUAUUACCCGCCUGCACCGUCUCCUCCUCUUCCUCCUCCUGUGAUCGAGCCACCACCAUCGCCCGCAACCGUGGCACCACAAACUAUCGUCAUUCCCGUUCCACAAACGCCAGCUUACACAGCUCCGAUCACCCCAAAGUCCCCGCCUUCUGGGUCAGACAUGGCCAUGCUAUUAAAGAUGUUAUCGCAAAAGAAACCCGAGAAAGUCACGAGCGGUAAAAAUCUUAAAGCAGAGCCGGUGAAAGUGGACCACAAGGACGAGCGUGUGGCGGCCGUGCCGUCGACGACUAAUGUUCAAGCGGUGAAAUCGGAGUUGAAGAGCGAUAAGUCUGAGCUGAAACGGGAGAAGUCGGAAUCGAAACAAGAUAAGUCGCAGGGGAAAACUUCUGAUCAGGGUUCCGCGGUCAAGAGUCCAGAAGAAAAUCAGGAAAUUCCUAAGGCUGAAGCCGAAGAGGGCGCAAAACCACCUGAAACAGCUCAACAAUCUGACACCGGGCAACUGAUCAGCAUUCCUCAAUACAGUGGACUGGAAACUUCUUUCGAAAGCGAUAACAAGCGUGACUGGACUUAUUGCGCAUUUUCUGUUUGCAUUAUUCUCCUGAUUCUUGUGGUUGCCCUCGUAGCAAUCUACCUCUCGGCUCCGCAGAUUUUCGCCAGGACAUCGGCAGCUCCAUUACACAGUCUUGUCGACAAUGCGACGGUAGUGGACGUUCAGCUUCAACCAUCAACCAAAAGACGUCAAUCUUUGCCAAGACACCUGGAUCUUACGGUGGAGACAUCAGAUGAUCUCACCACAGAAGCUGAACACGACGAUGGCCCUAGUACAAAUAAGCGUCACUCAUCGCAACAUAUGACCUAUGAAACUCGACGGAACACUACAUAUCCUUCGACCACAGCUUCGUUAUACAACAAGCGGAACUCGAGUCACGUGGACUACAAGAAUGACAUGUCUUCUCCACCGACUGUGCGUCCUGUUUCCACCACACCUAGUGCAAUAGAACGACUGUCUCGUCGCCAUACCAUACCAACACGAUACACGGUGAAAGAAUACAGAGUGGUGGACGUACAAGAGAGCUUUCUGGAUUCCAGUGUCUAUUACAACGUGAACCGCAAGCGGUCGAUAUUUGUGUAUACACCAGACAGGCGAGGAGGUACUGUGGGACAUACAUCGAGGCAAAUGAUAGUGGAGACGACACACAUUCCAGAAAGAUCGCAUGUGCUUAGUGCUCUUCAAGGUUGGGGUCACAUGGGUGGCUUUGUCGACGACGACUUCGUGACCUCCGUGACAGUGAAAGAUAUUGCAGCAUCAGUGCAGGAAAGCCAACGAACAAUCUUUACACUAGAAGACUUUUACAUUCCAACUGCUCCGCCGCUGAAUUUUUUUGAGAAGAUUUUCGCCAAUGUGGUUAAGGAGAGCAAGGAUGUCGUCCCAGAGCUCCAGGACUAAGUGCCUUCUUGUAGGGAUGACACGUAAGGCGCAGAGUUGGAACGAACGGGGAUUGUGGGGUUAAAUGAAAGUAAUGUACAUCGCCAGCAAUGAGGAAAUUGUUCAUUUACUGAUCCAAUAAUGUUCAUUUUUAUUACUGCAAUGAUGGGGUUUGAGCCAGAUAUUUCCCAGUUUAGGUUAUAUCUCAAAGUACGACCCCACCAAGAAAGAAUAAAUAAUUUGCACU